AAAUCAACUUAUUCAAUUCGAUAUUUGCUAUCACUUUACAAUCACACAGCACAGCAUAACACUUCCCCAAUCGAAGUCAAAGUACAAAAUUAAAAUUUUAUUUUUCCAAUCAACAUGUUUCGCACACGACCCAUUGAGGCAGUCGAGGAAGAGCUGCUAGGGAAGGAAGAAGUCCAGGCCAAUAUUGUUGUCUUUAUUGCUCUCUGUGCAGUCAUUCGCUUGGCUCCGUUCGUGUUGCGGAAUACAUAGUCCUAAAUCGUUGUUACGAACUUAUAAAUAAACGACACUAACCAAUCGAAAAAAAGA